CAAGACCGCAAACCACAAGAGCGAGGGUUUGAUGAUCCGCCGCCGUUCCUCCUCCCCCGCUUUGCCGGCGGCGGCUCCAUUGCCGGAUGACGACGACCUCCUCAGGGAGAUCCUCCUCCGCCUCCCUCCACAGCCUUCCUCACUCCCUCGUGCCUCACUCGUCAGCAAGCGCUGGCGCCGCCUCGCUUCCGACCCCGGAUUCUUCCGCCGCUUCCGCGAACACCACCGGAAGCCCCCGCUCCUGGGAUUCUUCUCCCGCUUCCCCCAUGGCGCAGAAUUCACUCCCAUGCGGGAGCCGCCCAACCGCAUCCCAGCCGGGCGUUUCUCCCUGCCGGAGAAUGGCGACGAGCACUGGGAUCUCGUCGAUUGCCGCCACGGUCUUGCCCUCCUCCUCAACCGAAAGAGGCUCAAGGCCCUCGUAUUGGAUCCCACCACGGGCCACCAGCUCCAAGUAGCUUUUCCACCAGGGUUCAUCAACGGUCUGGAUACAUUCAUCCAAAAUGCAGCGGUGCUGUGCUCUGCCGACGGCCAUGUUCCCGGUCUGUUCAAAGGGAAGGUUUAGGAGGACAUUCAAGCUGGGGCAGAUCACGUUCAGCAGGCAGCCUGCACGCUGGAGUCUUCCAAGUGUUCUAAGGAUUGAUGCAAGGUCUGGGGCAAUCUGGUGCAAGGCUGUGAUGUGUUUUGUUGAGUUGGACUGGUGAUCCCAGGCUGACGGCCAUGCUCAUUUAUUUGUUGUUCCUGGUUACAAACUUUAACUUGUAUCGGAGGUUUAUUUCCGUAUCUGUAAGCUUAGCAGGCAAGCUCCCAGGGUUUGUCUAGACCUUGGUGGGAGUAGUGAUGUCACUUUAUAUAGUUUGUCUAGUAGUGAAAAUUUCCUUUAGAGCUGGGGCGCCUGGACUCAUCUAGUCGUUGCUAAUGUGUCAAAAAUGAUAUGGUGAUAUGUU